UUUUGUCUCGAUUGCCGUUUCCUCCAAAUUCAUCGCCUCGUGUUGGUCGUUGUUCUUGUUGUAGCGUGAGAAAAACGUGACAGGUAUAUCGAAUGUUCAAACGCACGUGUUUCAAAUCCUAUGUUACUUAUUCUAUGUUUUUAUUUCGUUUGGAGGAUUGAUCUUGGAUGUGCAAAGCACAAUUUUGAUAAAAUUUUAAACUACGCCAAAACUGAUCAAAAUGGAAAGCUGCUUCUUUAUCAAAUACAAUGGCAUUAUUUCAAAAGAAAUUUGACAAUUUUGAAGGCUUCAAAGAUGAGUUCAAAGUUAAAAUUGAAUGAAUUGAAAGGAACCUGUCGGAUUGUUUUGAUUUGGUCUCUCUUCUUGUGAUUUAGUUAAUCGUCAGCUGUAUACUUUCCAAUACAUAAGCGCAUAUUCUUGAAUGGGUACCACUGUGUUAGUGCUAGAUUCGAAGUUGUAUUUCUGCCUACUAACACUUUUCAUCAUUAGCACAAUUUGUAUUUUUAAACUGCUAUUGAAAAGGAGGAGUUUUAGGAUAAUGUUUGAUGUUCACAUAAGUAAUAGUAACGAUAAUUUGGAAUGUGCUUUGAAUACAUUUGUUUUAGAAAAUUUCAAUCGAUGGCCUUUACUAACUCUUCCUUUCACUAAUACAUCAUGUGAAGUUAAAUUACCAACACUAAUUGAAUUUCAGGUAGUUGGAAUUCUUCAAAGUGAGUUUGUGAAAUGACGAGAUAUCCACUGCAUCAUGUCGAUACUCCCUGCGAAAAGGCAACGUUUGGUAUGGGCUGUUAUUGGGCUCCCGACUCACUGUUCGGGGCCACCAAAGGAGUAAUAAGAACGUGUGUAGGGUAUGCUGGUGGGACAACUGAAGAUCCAAAUAAUCAAAUCGGAGAUUACACGGAGGUUAUCGAAAUUCACUAUGAUCCAACGAAGAUAAAUUAUUCAGAUUUGUUGGAUAUAUUCUGGAAUAACCACGAGUACAGAUUAUCGGUCAAAUUGAAGCGAGAGUAUAUGUCGAUGAUAAUGUAUCACAAUGAGGAGCAGUGUCAGAUUGCGAAAACCAGCAAGGACAAUCAGCAAGCUAAGGAGAAAAACGCAUUGAUUGCAACGGAAAUUAUCCCUGCUAGUACGUUUUAUCCAGCCAAAAGUUCCAACCAAAAGUACCGCCUACAAGGGCAUGUCGACAUGACCCAAGGUUUAGGAUUGACUCCGGAUUUGUUGAUGACCUCGCAUGUUGCUGCACGCCUCAACGGUUAUUUAGCUGGGUGCGGAGAUUUGGAACAGUUCGAAACUGAAACCGAGUAUUUGGGACUUUCUGAAGAACAAAUUCAGUAUGUCAAGAACUAUCUUUCAUGAUUAAACGUUAACGUAUCAUUUGAAAUUGAUAGUGUUUAUUAUCAAUACUGUUAAUGAUAAAACAUUUUGCGACUAGGGCAACAUUUUGAUAAAUUGCACGAUUACGAUUCUAUCACCCGGAUUCUGUAUUUGAUUCGAAUCGGAUUACUUCGAACGAAUAUGCAAUUUUGCAUUAUGUAAUUCGAUCGAGUGAUACUUUUGUAUGGAAAAUUCGAACUCUAUCGAGAUACACAAUGAAAAAUUUCGUAUUGGAUCGAAAUAGUCCGAUUAUAACAAAAUACAGAAACGGGGUGUAUAUCAAUGAAGAUUAUAAUUGACGAAUAAUAAUAAUUUGCUCAUAACCCAGAUAUUAUCCAUCAUUGAAUUAUGAAAACAUGUUUGAUUACCAUAAGAAAAAAAAAGAAGAAACGUUCUUUUUGAUUAGGAUUUAAAAAAAUGGGAUUAAAUAAAGAAAAUCAAGAAAUCCUGAAAACUAAA